UAAAACCAAAGAAAACGGUUUUGGAAGGAACAAACAUCUUCGUGGUAAACCCUACAGACAUCCUUUAGGAACCGGAAUCACAGAUUUUAAGGUUAAGAGGAAAAAGAUCAUCAAUGGCAGAAACCAAAGAAGGUUCAGGUUCGGAGAUGUCUCUGAAGGAUCAGGGCAACGAGUUUUUCAAGUCAGGAAAGUAUCUCAAAGCUGCUGCACUAUACACUCAAGCCAUCAAGCAAGACCCUUCUAACCCUACUCUCUAUAGUAAUCGUGCUGCAGCAUUGCUGCAAUUGGAUAAGCUUAAUAAAGCUCUAGAUGAUGCAGAGAUAACAAUCAAAUUAAAACCCCAAUGGGAGAAGGGAUAUUUCAGGAAGGGAAGCAUAUUGGAAGCCAUGAAACGAUACGACGAUGCUUUAGCUGCCUUUCAGAUAGCAUUGCAGUAUAACUCGCAAAGUCAAGAAGUAUCAAGAAAGAUAAAGAGGUUGAACCAACUGGUGAAAGAUAGCAAGCGAGCCCAAGAAGUGGAGAAUAUGAGAUCCAAUGUUGACGUGGCCAAACAUUUAGAUACAUUGAAAUCUGAAAUGGCUGGAAAGUAUGGAUCGGAAUACGGGAAAGAUUUGUUCUCAUUCCUUGUUGAGACUAUAGAGACUGCUGUAAAAUCAUGGCAUGAAACAUCUUCAGUGGAUGCUAGAGUUUACUUUCUUCUGGAUAAGGAAAAGACACAGACCGAUAAGUAUGCCCCAGUUGUGAAUAUUGAUAAGGCCUUUGAAUCACCACAUACGCACAGCAACUGCUUUUCAUUUCUGAGGCAGUACGCAGAGGAAUCUUUCUCCAAAGCAGCCUGCUUGGUAACUCCCAAAAGCAUUAUUGCUUACCCACAGGUCUGGAAGGGCCAAGGAUCAAGAAAGUGGAAACAUGCACACAGUGACGGUUUCUUUGUGCAGUUUGAGUCACCCUCCCUGCGAAAGCUCUUUUUCAUACCUAGUUCAAAUGAAAAGGGACAGACAUUGUGCAGGGAUCCAGAGGUUUUGGACAUUGGUGUUCAUGAAGUUCUUCCCCGGUUAUUCAAAUAAAAGAUGCCCCGAUCUUAGUGUACUUCACUAGUACUUGGUGUAUAUUUAUUUCUUAAGGUAGAAAUGACAGGCUCACUUGAAGAUUUGCUUGUUCAACAAAUACAGAUGGAAUUUGGUGAUGUUUUGUUUGUGUUCUUGGGAUGUGGCAAUUGCUGGCAAGCUUGUGUGCUUCAUAAUUUUGUUAGAUCCAUAUAUAAUUUAUUAAUUAUUUGAAGUUAUCCAAGCCAUCAAGGAGUUGCACUUUUGUUACUUUUUUUCACAAUUGGCUUUCUGUUCUUCUGGUUUGGAAGCUUUGGCCUUUAGUUUGUUUGUGCUGUUAUAUUUUGACAAGGGAAGUAUUCAAGCAGUUAGCAUAGAUAUUUUAUAUGUAACUUUUGUGGUUCAGAUACGAAUAUUGAGUUUGA